GGCCUGAGGACGAAGCAAAAAAGAAAAUCAAGGCAUACAAAUUAACGCAUACAUGACGUACUACUUUAGAGCUUAGUAACCGUGCAGAAUGAGAAUAACAAAAAUGCCGGUAAAAUGUCUUGGUAGCGCCGGUAACUGGUAAUUGAACGGUCUUUUUUCCUAUAAAUAAUGUCCACUUGAAUACCUCAUCUUCGACCUAAGCCUCCUCUGUUCAGUUAUGAAGGAUAACAAGCCUCACGGGGCAGUCAGCUCAAUACAGACUUUGAUAUGAGUGUUAAAUACUGAGUAUAAGAUUUAUAAACUGCUACAGUGAGUCAUGUCAGCCACAAAGCUCACAUUACAGCAUCAAAAAUACUAUUACACAUCAGAGGAUUUCAAAUGGCCCAGACAUUGGCAUUGUACUGAAGAUGGACAACAUAAACAGGAACUAAGCAAGUUUGACAAGGAGCUUCAAGAAAGAUGGGAUGCUGCUGUAGAUGCUGGUUGUUUUGCUUACAAAUUGCAUCAAGUGGAAGGAAGAGUUGUGCCUGGAAAAUACCGACUGUUUGUUCAAUUAAAUGAAAUGAGAUUCAACAAACGAAGGCAGCCUGAAGCAAUCAGCAGCAUUUCCCAGCCAUUCAAUCCAGAAAAAUUUAACUUCACCAAAGUACACAGCAGAGAGGUGUUGUUUGAACUUUGUCCAAAGCACACACCAGCAGCAGCCACUUCAGGAGAUGAUUGCCAUCUUAUGAUGAUAAAUGCCAGUCCUAUGGAAUAUGGACAUUCUUUGUUGGUUCCAAGUGUCAGUUCAUGGCUUCCUCAGGUUCUUACUGAGGAAGCAUUGUUGCUGGCUCUAGAGACAUCUAUGCUAAGUAACCACAGAGUUAAAAAUGACAUUUUUAGUUUUCUAAAUUUUGAAUUCAUUCAAUACAUGCAGGUUCUUACUGAGGAAGCAUUGUUGCUGGCUCUAGAGACAUCUAUGCUAAGUAACCACAGAGGAUUUCACGUGGGUUUCAACAGCCUUUGUGCGCAUGCCUCAGUGAACCAUUUACAUUUUCAUGUUUGGUACAGUGAGUACCCAUCCUAUCUUGAAACAGCAGAGGUCGAUGUUGUAUGUGAGAACGUUUUUGAAGUCAAGAAUUACCCAACAACAGCGUUUGUCUUCGAGCUGGCGCCAGAAACUAACGUUGGUUCUCUUGCGAGAACAAUACACAAAGUCGCAUCAUAUUUAAUCGAGGAAGAGGUGGCCCAUAACUUCCAUAUCAUUCGAGGAGCAAGAUGUCGUCCAACAAGUCAGAUGAAUGGGUUUACACAUGAAGACAGCGAUCUGCAAUCAGUGCUCAGGGUAUUCCUAUGGCCAAGGAACCCUGUUCAUGGUGCGAAGCAAAUGAGCUCUUACGAGUCCGAGAGGCGUCCCGUUGCUGUCUACGAGUUUGCGGGCUCCUUGGCGAUAGAAAGGAGAGAAACCUUCGAUUCAUUUACUGAAGAUCAAUUCUGUGAACAUAUGAGGAGUGCCACGUUACCAGAAAACGAGUUCAGCCGACACAGACAGGCGAUACGAGAUUUAUUCAACAAAUAGUCUACUUAGCUAGUCAAUUUCUCUUAACUUUAUAUGUCUCUUAUUCACAGCGGAUGUCCCGACUGAACAAAUUCUGUAAAAAGUAGUAUAUUUAGAUAAAUUAUUCGUAAACAUACAUUGUUUUGUUUUUAUCGAGGCUCCUAUAACAUAUAAAGUGAAUACGGAGGUUGUUUGUAAAUAAAGGGCUUAAAUUGUUGGAUAUAAAUUUGGCUUAAUGUGAUCGUUAGAUCAAAUGAAUCAGUUUUUGAGAGUUCAUCUGUCAAUCUGAUAAUAGAAAUUUGCUUUUGUAAAAUUAAUAUUUGUCAACUAAAAAUAAGGAAUGACUUCGUACUUUUAAUGUAUUACUAUUUAAUGAAUAGAGCCGUUGCUUCAGUUGUGAA